AUGGUCAAGACAUCAUUAUGGCACUCGGCGUCUUCGUCUAUCGGCCUCACUUGGAGUGUGGCCAUGACAGUGGCUUAUCGUAUCAGCAGCCAAGGCCAUGGGUGGCCCACAGUGUUCAUUUGGCUGUUUCCGGUUGUCGCACCCUGCAGCUGUUGCUUUGGCCUGGUGGCGGACACCUUGGUGGAGGGUGCUCGGCACGACGAUGUCAGACAGAGGCGCAGAGUUUACCACCUCACCUCACAGGAGGAUGUUGGUGCACCCCUUUGUAUGGUGAGGCGACAGGGUGGGGGUGCCGCUGGUGUUCUCGCUGGAUUGCAAGCAUUUUCUUCGCAGUCCAGCAUGGUGCCACCCUUGAAGUGUACCAUUUUGACAAGAUGGCAGGCAGAGGCAAGGUUUGAAAGCAUUCUGGAAGCCCUCGAAGCUGGUCUUGAGAAGCUGUCCACCGAGAAAGGACCAGAUUCCUCCAAUCCGUACAGCCGUGAAGAGCAUCGUCUCUUCCUGUCUUGGCUUCCAGAGGAAGAUCGGAAAUUCCUCGAAGACUCCGACGGGCCUGCGGAGUCCCACCGCACAAAGCCAGCCACCAUGGGUGGCGGCAGCAGUAUCCCGAAAGGGAACCUUGCCCAGCGCGGGGUUUCGGCCGUCGCCGGAGGGAUCGAUAGCCUCACCGGGAGUGAGUCGGGGAGUGGCAUCGCCAGCAAAGCAGUGGACAAGCUGGGCAUAGGGAAGCCCAAAACUGGGCCUGCCUGGAGGUUGCAGUCCUGGGAUAUCCAUGCACGGGACAAAUGCGAGCCGUGGCUGAUUGGCUAUGCCCUUGGGAAGUUUCGAGGGGCCAACCAGGAAGCUCAGAGGCUGGUCUUUCGGCUGCUUCCUGGCCCGUAUUGGAGCCUACUGCAGAGGCUGGAUCAGCUGGCAGAGCCCCUGGCGAUACGAACUGCCAAGGGGGAGCGGCCUACGAAUGACGACAUACGCAGAUUGGCGAAUGUGAUGUACGAAACCGAUCAAAUCAAACGCGGCAGCAUGUGGGACACCGACAUGACGGACCAGGGCGCUCGGAUGUGGGGCGAGCUGGCACAUGACGAAGCCCUGCGGAUA